CUUUCCAUUUCUCCAUUCGCCAUUCUCCAUUCUCCAUUCUCCAUUCUUAAUCGGUAGUGCUCUCUUUUGCACUGCACUUCAAUCCUCUUGCUCAUUUCGUGUCUCGUCCGUCUUGCUUUUCCGGCUAGUAAUUCCCACUCAAAGACAAUCCAAUCCAAACCAACUAAACCAUCAUCAAUCAUGUACUCUCGAGCCUCCCGGGCCAUCGUGGCCGCCGUCGCUCGUCCAGCUCUCCGCACCGGCGCCGGUGCUCACCUCGCCCCAGCAGCAGCAGCAGUUGCUUCCCUUUCCUCGCAACCCCCAGCUUCCACUUCCACAUCUCGAUUCCUUCUUCCGCAAAGAAGCUUCCACUCCACCCCCUCCACCCGCAAAGGCAUCUUCCCGGACUCCGCCGACCCCGCGGCCCCGAACCCGCAAUCGCACAAUGUCGCCGGCGCCGCCGCCCACGUCUCGGAGCCGUCCCCAUUGACCGAUGGGCAGUACCAUGACUACGCCGAGCACUACCUGAACACCGUUCUCGAGGAGGUGGAAUCUCGUCAGGAGGAGGGCUCGGAGAUUGAGGCCGAAUAUAGUGCCGGAGUCAUGAACGUCACCGUCCCCGGAGUCGGUGUAUACGUGCUCAACAAGCAGCCCCCCAACAAGCAGAUCUGGCUGAGUUCGCCCAUCUCCGGCCCCAAGCGGUUCGAUUGGGUGCUCGAGGGCGACCAGAUGCAUGAGAAGCAGGACUCCCGGCCGUUCGCCAAUGGGCAGUGGAUCUAUCUGCGUGAUGGCACGAAUCUGACCGAUCUGUUGAACCAUGAAUUGACCUUGAACCUGCCGAAGGAUAUCUACAGUGAGUUGGAUUAGGGGAACGGUUGUACUAUCGGGAAUAUACGGAUUGUUCGUGGCUCUGAAGGAAUGAUUUUACGGGGUGGUGUUUUGUGACUAUAAGAAAGGAGUCAUGUAAAUUAUUGACUGCGCUAGGGAGAAUUUCUGGAGACUUUUGCUUUUUGUGAUUGCGACUGUCAAG